ACACACACACAUAAUCAGACACACAGUCAGACAUGCUCAGUCAGCGUAAGUGACUCAAGUGUUGGCUCCGUUCGGCAGCGUGGCGACCUGCUCUCUGCAAUCCGUCAGCCGGCAUGCCGCAGAGGAAGAGGAGUUUCACUUUUGGUGCCUACGGAGGAGUUGACAAGACAUUCUCCAAGGCCAGAAGCUUAUGGAAACAAGAUGGGAGUGACCCACAAAUGUCUGCAACACUAGAGCCCCAGCUGCUCCAGCCCACGGCCCCGUACACCACCUCGCCAUUCCACAAGAACCCAGAAUUAUUUGAAAUGAUUGAAAAGAUGCAGGGCAACAGAAUGGAUGAGCAGAGAUGCACCUUUCCUCCCCCACUCAAGACUGAAGAGGAUUACAUUCCGUACCCAAGCGUCCACGAGGUGUUGGGCAGAAAGAGUCCCUUUCCUCUCAUCCUCCUGCCGCAGUUUGGGGGUUACUGGAUUGAAGGAACGAACCAUGAGACUAGCUGCGCGGUGGAGACGGAGCACCCGCAGCCGACGUCCCCGACCGCCAUCUCCAAGCUGCAAUGUAACACCACGGCGACACUCUUCCGAAAACACUUCCUGGGCAAGGAACACUUUAAUUACUAUUCAGUGGACAGUGCCCUUGGACAUCUGGUGUUCUCUCUAAAGUACGAUGUGAUUGGUGACCAGGAACACCUCCGUCUAAUGCUCAGAAACAAGCUGAAGACCCACCAUGAUGUCAUCCCCAUUUCCUGUCUGACCGAGUUCCCCAAUGUGGUCCAAAUGGCCAAGCUCGUCUGUGAAGAGGUCAACGUGGACCGCUUUUCUCCCGUCCUUUAUCCAAAAGCUUCGAGACUUAUCGUCAACUUCGAUGAGCAUGUGAUAAGCAACAAUUUCAAGUUUGGGGUCAUUUAUCAAAAGUUUGGACAGACUUCAGAGGAAGAGCUGUUUGGCAACAACGACGAGAGUCUGGCCUUCGUGGAAUUCCUCGAGUUUCUGGGAGAGAAAAUUGAGCUGCACAACUUUAAAGGUUUCCGCGGAGGGUUAGACGUUGCUCACGGGCAGACCGGCACCGAAUCCGUCUACUGCAACUACCGCAACAGGGAGGUCAUGUUCCACGUGUCCACAAAGCUGCCUUACACAGACGGGGACACGCAGCAGUUGCAGAGAAAGAGGCACAUAGGAAACGACAUCGUGGCCAUCGUAUUCCAAGAGGAAAACACUCCCUUCGUACCGGACAUGAUCGCCUCCAACUUCCUCCACGCAUACAUCGUGGUCCAAGUGGCGAGGCCCUGCUCUGACGAUGUUCUCUACAAGGUGUCCGUGACGGCUCGGGAUGAUGUGCCCUUCUUUGGCCCCGCCCUCCCAAACCCUGCUGUCUUUAAAAAGAGCCCUGAAUUCCAUGAAUUCCUGUUCACUAAGCUCAUCAAUGCAGAGUACGCCUGCUACAAAGCUGAGAAAUUUGCCAAAUUAGAGGAGCGAACGAGGUCAGCCCUGUUGGAGAGCCUUUAUGAGGAGCUGCACGCCAACAGCCAGGCCAUGAUGGGUGUUGGAGGAGACGACGACAAACUGGAAAACGGGAGUGCGGGCGGAGGGGGCUUCUUUGAGUCCUUCAAGCGGGCGAUGCGCGGCAGGAGCCAGUCUGUGGACGCCACGGGUGUCACUUUCAAGAAGCCGCACAUAUUCUCCACUAGCUUCAGCGGCAGCUUUAACCACGAGCCCGCAGAGGGCCCCAAAAUCCCAGGGAUAUCAUUGAUAAUCCCGGGAAAAAGCCCAACCAAGAAGAAGUCUGGUCCUUUCAGCUCCAGGAGAAGUAGUGCCAUUGGCAUCGAAAACAUCCAAGAGGUCCACGAGAGGAGCAGAGAGAGCUCCCCAAAUACCCAAAAGACCCCCGACAGCGGCCACGUCUCCCAAGACCCCAAAUCUGACAACUCGUCCAAUCAGAGCUCCCCGGAGGUGCUUCCGUCGCCCAAGAACAGUUCUUGUCUUGGUGGCAGGGCCCCGUCCAUCCCAGAGGGUCACGACCUCUCCCGCUCCUCCUCCAACGCUAGCAGCUUCGCCAGCGUGGUGGAGGAGAACGAGCCGGAGGCCACGGAGGACUACGACACAGCCAUGGAGAGCCUGUCGUCAGCCGGGACGCCACUCAAGCGAGACUCCCUCACCUACAGCACAUGGCUGGAGGACAGCAUCAGCAGCGCCGGCACCACCAGCACCACCAGCACCACGGGGCGCGGCAGCUCCCCAGGGCCUGCUAAGCCUGACCGAGGGAGGGGGACGGAUGUGCGCAUCAAACUGGAACGUCCACCCGAUCAUCAGUCCUCAUCGCUUCCUCAUAAAUCACAACCCCUCUGGGAGGUGAGACAAGUGCAGGCGUUUGCCACGACCCAUCACGAGAAGGACAACGAUGAAGAGGAUGAGGGAGAAGAGGAAAAGCAGGUGGCGCUCGCCAAUAGAAAGCAGCAAUGGGGUUUACCCUGACCCUAACCCUGGAGGACCCUUGGGGGGGGCACAAAGAGGGGCCAGCUUUUUGCACAGUGUUGUUUCCUUCCACUCUUUUAUUUGUCUCUCCCAACUGUUGCCUGGCUGUUUAUUAUUGCUGUUGUCAAUGUUUUUUUUUACCACAUGUUUGGUUUCAAAGGCGCACAUUUUUUUAAUGAAUUACCAAUGUAAUAGUUUUAUUUGUAAAAGAUCUUGUUGAAGCCCGGGUGUGCUGGCUAUACAGGGUAAAGACAGUGCCAUCGAGCUCCUUGGAGAGCUCUCAGAGAAGGACGUUUGCUGCAACAUAGAAGAUAUAAUGAACUGCUGUUCUGCUGGAUGCUGUUAAAUGUGAUUAUUUUGAUUUCUGGGUAAUAGAAGAAAAACAUCUCCACAAGCUGACAUUUCAAACUUCCAUUGAAGGUAUCGUAGGAAAUGGCCUUAAAACGUAAACAUGCAAUUUCUUUGUCCCUAGAAUUUAGAUGAUCUAAUUUCUUGACUCACUACUGCAUAUGUUAAUGGAAUAGAAUUAUUAUAUUAUUUGUAAAACCUAAAAAAAAUAAUAUUCUUUUUCAAGCACACUAUUUCCUUGUAGAAUGGUGUUGCAUUUGGGUUAUGCAUCAGCCACGUCUGUAUGGAGUGUUGAUAUUAAUAUUAUUAAUUGAUGACACAUUAUACUCACAUUUUUUUUCCUACCGUACUUUUUUUAUUUAUUGAUUUGUUUACUGCUGAAGUGGCAUUUUUCUAGUGUAUAUCUGUUAAACUGUACCUCUGAUGACAUGCAUCAUCAUGCCAUUUGCUUAUUCUGUAUGGUGCAUUAGAGUAAAUUAUGAUGUUGUCAUCUUUAGAGCUCUGUCUUUGAAGGGUGAGAUCUCUCUUUCAUUGCAGUGCAUUUGCAAUGCACUUACACAUAAUAAAUGAGUAUGUAUGUAUUUGUCUUUAAAGAAAGAAAAUAACUCAAUAACACAACUACUGAUUUUGUAAAUAGAUAGCUGGAUCAAAUUGUGUGUAAUAUACAGACUGUUCAUUUUGAAUGGAGUUAACCAACAUCUUGUCAUUACUGCCAAGUAAUCAAUACCCUGUGGUUAAAUUUCUCCCUUUUCUUUGCAUAUUAUUUUGAGAAAAGAGUUUUGUAGAAGAGAACUAUUUUAAAAGCUAUUCAGACUGUUCUGUUAAAGGGAAAUUCUCUCAUUACGUCCUGCUGAUCAUUUCAGUUGCCUUAUCAUCACAAACUGAUGGUGUAAGUAUAAAUAGGGAAGCAAACAGCAAGUAACAGCAGGAUUUACAAUGAAAUCAAUGUUUUGUUGUUGUUGUUUUUAUUGUAAAUAAAUACUGUGAGAACUUUAAAGUCUAUUUUACGCAUCAUGUCCCUCGAUACAAACUCUGUAUUCUGUGUUCUUUGGGCACCAAAUGCCACAUUGAGAGGAGUUGUGUGAUAUUCCUACAAACUGUAGAUGUUCCACUUCUCACCAUUCUAAUGAAAGCUUAGUGAGAAAGAAAAGCCCCAUGAAUAAAUAAUUUGAAGUGGCUGCCCAAAAAUAUGUAAAACUAGAGCAAGUUAAAAGUGGAGGCUUUGCUUCUUAUUCAACCUUUCUACAGCAAAGAAAGAAAUUAGUUUUAGUCAAAAGGAUAUUAAACUGAGUUAUGAUUGAAAUUGGCUUUCCAAAUGUAUCGGUUCAUGAAACAAUGAGAGAAUGGGUCAAAAGUACUUCAUAAAUAGUUUUAGAAAUGUGCAAUUCUAUAAUGUGAAAACAACAUAAACUUUCCACUCUGUCCUUAAUAUACUAUGCAAAUAAGUGCUCAACUAUGUGCAGAAACACUCAUUCUGAGGAAUAAAGGUCAAUCCAUAAAGUGAA